UUUAAGAGAUAAAACCUUCAUUUUUUGUGCCGCGAAUCCAUCAGGAUCAAAAGAUGAAUGGAUUGAUGUGUAUCUCUAUUCUAUCCGGUUACUACCUAGAGAGUGAGUUCUGUUGGAGAAAAUUGAACGACAGAAAUUAUGAGCAGAAUUUCGACUUUGUCGCCUCUGAUUUAGAAAAAAUGAAUUUUCUCAGGAAGAAAGAAAAAUUUCAAAAAACCGGCAGGUAACUUUGUUCCACGUUUGGAGGCGGUUCGAACGGCACAAAUGAAGGUUCUAUCUCUUAAACUGAGGGCGUUGAUAGGUUUGCGAGCGGAGGGGGUCGAAAUUGAUAUUAUCUAAAGUUUGACGAGGAGGUGAAUACUUCUUAUGGCUGCUGAACCUGCAGCUUUUGUCGCUCAUUCUAAAAAAUACGUUUCGAUGGUUUCAGAGCCUUGUGGAGCUGAGAUAUUGCGAAAGCUUAAAAAAACUGAGUUUUCGAAAAAACGACAAUUUUCAAUUUUUCGAUUUUUUCCGCUUAAUACGCGCAUUGAAAAUUUGUAAAGUAAAAUAUUCGUGAUCACCGAAAAAUUCUACAUCGAAUGAUGUAUGUUUGAACCACAAACUAAAAUGUCACUCUGAAUUUGGAGCGCCUUAAAAUAAAUGAUUUCUCAAAACGAUUUUUUUCGUUUUACUGAAUUAACAAAACUUUUUAUUAUUCUUACAGUUAUAACUCUUAUUUUACAAAGAAAAAUUCGUCAGAUGAUGGCACACUGUUAUGUUAUAAAAAUAAUGUUUUUAGAGAAGUAAAUUCACAGUUUAUAAAUUUGCCAAUAAAUGGUGAAAAAGGAAAUCAGGUAUUACCAUGUCUCGAUUUAGAACAUUUACCAUCUCAUACAAAUAUCGUAUUCAUUGGUAUUCAUCUUAAAGCUAAAAAGUCAUUUUCUCACAUACGAAAGGAACAGACUGAAACGAUUUUAAAAUUUCUUCAUACACACUAUUCUACUUCUAAAAAUAUUAUCAUUGCUGGUGAUUUUAAUGGUGAACCAUCUGAAGAUUUCUAUCAAAUUUUGACAUAUGAUAAAUUUUCAAGUGCAUAUAAAAUUUUAUUAGGAAAUGGAAGAAAUGAACCUGAGUUUACAACAUGGAAGUUUCGACCAAAUGAUGAACAAUGUCAUACAAUUGAUUAUAUUUUUUAUAAAUCUACUAAUAUUUUGCAGCCAUUGGCUUACUUGACCCUUCCGACGAAGAAGGAAAUUGGUGAAAAUGGAUUACCGUCAGAACAAUAUCCUUCGGAUCAUUUAGCUUUAGGUAUAAAAUUUAGUGUAAAAAGUAAAUACCUAGAUGAAUAA